GGGGUGGCUCGGGGCCCAGCCGGCCCCCCAGCUUUCUGGCUGCCCCCCACCUUGCAAUGGCCUCUCCGGAGAAGAUGCACCCUGGGCCGGCCACCCUGCUCUGCUGUCUCUGCUCCCUGCUGCUCCCCGCCCACGCCAAGGGGCCAGCACCCAGCCCCGAGCCCGCUGAGACCCCCGGUGCCAUCACGCUGCCCGUGAGCUACCGCCUGUCCAACACCCGCUUGGCCUUCUUCCUCAAGGAGGUGGGAGCCAGCCCGGUGGGCAACGGCAGUGCCCCGCUGCAACGCGCCGAGCCCUUCGUCGUCUUCCAGACCAAGGAGCUGCCCGUCCUCAACGUCACCCUGGGGCCCUUCAGCACGGGGCUGGUGCUGCCCAAGGAGCAGCUGCAGCCCUCCAGCACCCUGGAGGUCCCGGACCGCCUCACCGUCAACUGGAAGGUGCGCGCCUUCAUCAUCCAGCCCCGGCUGGUGGCCAAUCAGCCCGUGGUCCAAGUGCUCUUCUACGUAGCCGGCCGGGAUUGGGAUGACUUCGACGUCACCGACCGGCUGCCCUGCGUGCGGCUCCACGCUUUCCGCGACGCCCGCGAGAUCAAGAGUUCGUGUCGUCUGCGGGGCAGCCUGGCCAUGUGCCUGGUGCAGGCAGAGCUGCCCCACGCCUGGUUUGGCCCCCCGGCCGUGCCGCUGGGCAGACGGAAGAGCCCCGAGAGCCUGGAGGUGCCGGGCGAGAGCCAGCAAGCCGAGCUGUACUACACCCUCCAUGCCCCCGACGGGGCCGGCCAGUGCCUUGGGGAGAUGGCCCCCCGCCGUGGGGCUGGGGGGGCCAGGACCGAGGGUCCCACGCAGCACCCGCUGCUGCGCAUCGGCAGCGUCAGCCUCCUGCAGCCCCCCCCCGGGCAGCCCAUGCAGGAGCAUCGGCUGGACGGCAACGUCUUCAUCCGCCUGCCCGACAAGCCCCUCAAGCCAGGCGAGGUGCUGAGCAUCCUCCUCUACCUGAUGUCCAACUCCACGGUGGAGCACUUCACGCUCAGGGUGAAGGCCAAGAAAGGCGUCAACCUGCUCAGCACCAAGUCGAGGAGUGGGCAGUGGUUGGUGAGCUCGGAGCUGCUGACGGGCGGCAAGCACUCCACUGCCACCGUCGAUGUGGCCAGGGCGGAUGGUGCCGGGCCCAGGGAUGGGGACUCCUCAUCUGAGAUCAUGCAACUGGAUUUCGAGAUGGAGAACUUCACCAGCCAGUCGGUGACACGCCGCAUCAUGUGGCACAUCGACUACCGGGGCCGCAACCCCCCGCCUGACCUGGAGAAGGUGGUGACGGAGCUGACAGUCAUCCAGAGGGACAUCAGGGCCAUCGUGCCCCUGGCCAUGGACACCGAAAUCAUCAACACGGCCAUCCUGACGGGGCGGACAGUGGCCAUUCCCGUGAAGGUCAUCGCCAUUGAGCUGAGCGGCACCAUCGUGGACGUCUCGGCUAUGGUCGAAUGCAAGUCCAACAACGAAGACAUCAUCAAGGUCUCCAGCAGCUGUGACUACGUCUUCGUCAGUGGGAAGGAGUCACGGGGCUCCAUGAGCGCUCGGGUCAUCUUUACCUAUGAGCACCUCUCCGCCCCACUGGAGAUGACAGUGUGGGUGCCCAAACUGCCACUGCACAUCGAGCUCUCGGAUGCCCGGUUGAGCCAAGUGAAGGGCUGGAGAGUGCCCAUCCUGCCGGACAGGAGGUCGGUGCGGGACAGCGAGCACGAGGAGGAUGAAGAGGAGAGGAAGCAGAGCCGGGGCUGUGCCCUGCAGUACCAGCACGCCACGCUGCAGGUCUUCACCCAGUUCCACACCACGGCGGCGGAGGGCACGGGGCAGGUGGUCACCAUGCUGGGGCCUGACUGGCUGGUGGAGGUCACCGACUUGGUCAGCGACUUCAUGCGCGUGGACGACCCACGGGUGGCCCACAUGGUGGACAGCUUCACGCUGGCCGGGAGGGAGCCGGGCACCACGCUCUUCAAGGUCGUGUCCCCGCUCGUGGAGGCGGUGCUGGGUGAGACGCUGGUGACGGUGGCGGAGGAGAAGGUCAGCAUCACGGACCUGAAGGCCCAGGUGGUCUCCAGCCUCUCGCUGUCCCUCCACCCCAGCCCCGGCAAUAGCCACACAAUCAUUGCCCGGACGUCCGUGCAGCAGACCCUCAGCUUCUUCAAGCAGGAAGCGCUCCUGAGCCUAUGGAUUUCCUACAGCGACGGCACCACGGCCCCCCUCUCCCUCUACGACCCCAAGGACUACAACCUGGUGGUGAGCAGCCUGGAUGAGAAGGUGGUCUCGGUGACCCAGGACCGGGCGUUCCCCUUGGUGGUGGCAGAGAGCGAGGGUGCGGGGGAGCUGCUGCGGGCUGAGCUGGUCAUCUGCGAGAGCUGCCAGAAGACCAAGCGCAAGAGCGUGCUCUUCACAGCCUUGGCCAGUGUGCGGGUCCACUUUGGGUCUGAGGAGGACCCAACCUAUGACUACGACCAUGUGCCCAGCAAGCCAGGGCUGGCGGAGACGGGGGCGAGCACCACCCUGCGGGCAGAGGUGGAGAGGAAAGCGGAGCCGAGCGAGGACAGUAGGAUGUCCAGCGCGUCUCACCCCACCGAGGACUUCCCCACCAUUCCCACCGGCUUUGUCCAGGUGACCAGGGGGCUUACGGACCUGGAGAUAGGCAUGUACGCCCUCCUGGGUGUCUUCUGCCUGGCCAUCUUGGUCUUCCUCAUCAACUGCAUUGUCUUUGUGCUGAAAUACCGGCACAAGCGCAUCCCUCCUGAAGGCCAGACUAACAUGGACCAUUCCCACCACUGGGUCUUCUUGGGCAACGGGCAGCCCUUGCGGGCUCACAAUGACCUCUCCCCCCAGCCUGAGAGCCCUGGGAACCCCCUGGAAAAUGUCCAGACCUGCUGCCAUGGGGACCACCACAGCAGCGGGAGCUCGCAGACCAGCGUGCAGAGCCAGGUCCACGGUCGCGGGGAUGGUUCCUCAGGUGGCUCCACGCGGGACCAGAGUGAGGACCCGCUCAACUCACCCACCUCCAAACGGAAGCGGGUGAAGUUCACCACCUUUGCCACGCUGCCCUCCGAUGAGCUGGCCUACAACUCCAUCCCCAUCGCCGAUGAGGAGGACUUGGAGUGGGUCUGCCAGGACAUGGGGCUGCAAGACCCCGAAGAGCUUCACAACUACAUCCGCAGAAUCAAAGAGAUAGCUUAACGCAGGGGCAGAGGGGAUGGGGCGGGAGGGAGGGGGCUGCCACGCCGUGCCAUGCCAUGCCACGCCGUGCCGUGCCACGCCACGCCAUGCCACGCCACACCACGCUGGCUGCUUCCCCGGGCCUGGAGACCCAAAUUUGGCUCUCUUGCGCGUUCCCUCUUCCGCACAUCUCACGUCCUCACCCUGUUGGAAGGCACCCCCGGGGGCCUUUUUCUUUUCUUGCCCUUUACCAUCUGGUUUUCCCAGGGGAGGCAUCAGCACACACGUGGCCCCCUAACCCACUGGCGCAGGGCGAGGGGUCAGCAAGGGAGGCGAGCUGAGGGGCAGAGAUGGAUGGCGUCAAAACCUUGGUGUGUGCGUGCAUCUCCAACGGCGAACAGGGCAGGAUGAUGCUGCGGGUCCUGCUGUGCAGCGGGGGAAAGAGGGGAGAUGUCCCGUCCCCCCAGGAGCCCAGCAGGGAGGUGGUGGGUGGGGGCUUCCUAAAGGCAAUCCCCCUGCCUUUGCUGUACGUGGUUGCACAAUUUUGGAGGUGAGUGCUGGUUCAGGGAUUUGCUGCCCCAUGGCUGUUGGGGGGCACCCCCACCCGGAGCCCACUGCCCUACGCUGUGGGUGAUGCUGGGUGAGGCAGGAGGGGAGGGUGG